AUGGCUGCUAGCGCUGUUCUUUUGAGCGCUUUGUUCUUUCUUUUCUUUACAUCAUGCUUUAGUUACAGAUAUGACCCGAAUUAUGCGCAAUGGAACCUGAAUGAGAACCAGACGGCCGUCGAUCCCCUCGACUACUGGGGAGAGUGGUCUGGACACAGUUAUACUCCCUCGCCGACUAACUGGAGGUUUCCUUUCUAUACCCUCUUCCUGGACCGAUUCGUCAAUGGGGACCCCUCUAACGACAACAUCAAUGGGACUGCAUACGAACAUGACCCCAAUUCCAAUCAAAUGCGCCAUGGUGGUGAUCUGCAAGGCUUGGUUGACACGCUGGACUAUCUUCAGGGCAUGGGAAUCAAGGGCAUCUACAUCGCAGGGUCCCCGUUCAUCAACACACCCUGGGGCUAUGAUCAGUAUUCCCCCCUCGACUUGUCCAUCCUGGAUCAACACUUUGGUGACAUUGAUAUGUGGCGCACGGCUAUCAAUGAAAUACACAAGAGGGGCAUGUACGUGCUAAUUGACAACACUUUUGCCACCCUGGGUGACCUAAUCGGGUUUGACGGUUACCUCAAUACCACCACUCCGUUCACGCUGGCUGAACAUCAAGUUCAGUGGAAGAGCGAUCGGCACUAUUACGAUUUCAGCUUCGGCAACAAUUACAACCAGACCUGUAACUAUCCAAAAUUCUGGCUAGAAACAGGUUAUCCUGUUGGCGACGAUGUCACCAGUGAUCUGAAAGGUUGUUACGAUAGCGAGUUCGAUCAAUACGGUGACACCGAGGCUUUUGGUGUCUUCCCGGAUUGGCGACGUCAGUUGUCAAAGUUCGCAUCGGUUCAAGAUCGUCUCAGGGAAUGGCACGAGCCAGUCCGCAACAAGUUGGAAAACUUCUACUGUAUUGUCAUUGCAUCCUUAGACAUUGACGGUUUUCGAUACGACAAAGCUACCCAAAGUACCAUCGAUGCGAUGGGUUUCAUGAAUGAAGCCAUGCGUACCUGCGCCAAAAGAUUCGGAAAGGAAAAUUUCUUUCUCCCUGGGGAAAUCACUGGUGGAAAUGUCUUUGGCUCCUUGUACCUGGGCCGUGGCAGGCAACCAGACAUGCUUCCAGACAACAUUACCGCAGCUGUUACCAUGACCAACAACUCUGCCGACAAAUAUUUUCUUAGGGCCCCUGAGCACGGAGCCCUUGAUUCUGCCGCUUUCCAUUAUACAGUGUAUCGGACUUUGACACGAUUCCUUGGAAUGGACGGUAACCUUGAAGCCGGCUAUGACGCUCCUCCCAAUUGGGUCGACAUGUGGAAUGACUUCCUCCUCACGAAUGACUUUGUGAAUCCCAACACAGGUCUCUUCGACCCCAGACAUCUCAUGGGCACGACCAACCAAGACGUCUUUCGAUGGCCGGCCAUUACCGAUGGUGUGCAACGUCAGCUGCUUGGCCACUUCAUAACUACGAUCCAAAUGCCGGGGGCUCCAUUAUUGCUAUGGGGUGAAGAGCAAGCAUUUUAUGUUCUCGACAAUACCGCCUCGAACUACAUUUUUGGCCGUCAAGCCAUGUCCUCUGCUACUGCGUGGUAUACUCAUGGUUGCUAUCAUCUUAGUUCGACACAAUACUUCCAAAUGCCGCUCAAUGCCUCUCGUGAUGGUUGCAAAGACAUCACAGUCAGUUAUGAUCAUAGAGACCCUUCUCACCCUGUUCGAAACAUUAUUCAUCAUAUGAACCAAUUGCGCGAACAAUUCCCCGUACUUCAAGAUGGGUUCUUCUUGCAACAAUUGUCCAACCAAACAGAACAAAUCCAAUACCCUGGUUCGGGAAAAGUGACUACCGAAACCGGAAUGUGGUCGGUGAUGCGAUCAGGAUUCCCAGGGGUGCAAGAUCUUGCUAACACCGGAGCUGGUAACCUCCCGAUAUGGCUGUUGUACUCGAAUGCCAACUCGUCCACCACUUACAGCUUCGACUGCGCCAAUAACGAUACUGCACUCAAUACUACAAGUCUGAUCGCGCCAUAUGAUGCAGGAACAACGGUGAAGAAUUUGUUUUAUCCUUAUGACGAGCACACUUUAGAGGAUAGUGUGCACCAGCUUGGCAUCAAUGGCUCGACGGCGUCAAAUGGCUGUUUACGCAGCUUGGAAAUGGCAGCUUAUGAUUUCCGCGCCUAUGUCCCCAUCGAUAACUGGGUCGGCCCUCAGCCCAUGAUCACGAAGUUCAAGCCAGGACAUGACAGUCGCCUUCAGUCUAGUGUGAACUCUACUGGCACCGAAACUGUCGAUAUCACAUUGGAAUUCUCGGUGGAAAUGGACUGCGACAGCGUUACGGAUAGUAUCACGUUCAACUCCACGACGGAACUAGGCACCGUCGCCUCGAUCAAUCGGGACAGCAUCAAGUGCGCCCUUAUGAAAGAUCCAGAGACACCACCUUACGUUGGGGCGAUCUCUUCCGUAUGGUCAUGGUCUGCCUCGCUGGACGGUGUCGCAAACGGUAUUCAUGCUGUCACAGUCAGUAAUGCGUCUGCCCAGGCCGGAGGCCACACUGACGCUGUCGACCGCUUCCUGUUCAGGAUUGGUCAAUCUAACAAUCCUAUGGUAUUCACUACAAGCGCCAACUAUUCCUCGUCUCUGCUUAGCAAGAGCGACAAUGGUUCAUUAAUACUUUCACACUCCGCCGCUGGAGCCGAUAAGUGGCGAUACUCCACAAACUGGGGUUCCUCAUUCUCUUCCUGGAUGCCCUACCGGGGUGGCGAGACAGAAAUUGAGGAACAGCCAUGGUCUGGGACCAAAUUACAGUCCUGGAAAGGUACUCAUGUGCGGGUCGAGUACUUCAGUCGCCUGGCUGGAAGCAGCGAUCACAUCCAGCAGGGUGAUGUCGAUUAUUCCACCGCUCGACGUUUCCCGCAUCUCUUUUUGAAUGGUCCUUACAACCAGUAUGGAUAUGACGCUGGGCUGGACAACAAGAUGACCCAGUCUGAAAACAGUAGUUGGCAUCAUCAUUUCAUGACGGAAUGGAGUCAAUCCGGUGCAAUCGCACAAAUCAAUGUCUGGGGCGUCAAUCCAGACGGCAAACCUGAUCAGACAAUAGUCAUGGGUGAUAUAGAUGGAGACUCAGUCCUUGACCGGCUUCCUCCAUCCUCAUUGUCCUCGGUUGUCUUGAACAUAACACGUGCUCCUCCUAAGCCCUAUCUCGGGUGGCGUGUUGUGAUCGACGAUGGCACUCUCCGCUUCGAGAUCUUACCCUCAGGAAACAUGUGGAGCCAGCUUAUUGUAUACGUCCUCUUAUGGGUUGUUCCUAUAAUCACGGCCGCUUUCGGAGUCUGGUCCUUCAUGCAGAGCUUUUACCAGGUCAAGUUCAACGAGAUCGGCAUUUCCGAAAAGGCUGGCAUGCUUCCUGCAGCCAUCAAGAAGCAGUUCAAGAAGCUCAAAGACGAGAAAAGUCCACCGGGGUUCUUGUCCAAGAUCAAUCGGAAGCCAAAAUUCCUGCAACCGUCGGACACUGUCAUCGACCAGCAACGUCGCCGGACAGUCUUGAUAGCAACUAUGGAGUACGAUAUCGAAGACUGGGAAAUCAAAAUCAAGAUCGGUGGACUUGGUGUCAUGGCACAACUAAUGGGUAAAAAUUUGGGCCACCAGGAUCUAAUUUGGUGUGUACCAUGCGUCGGCGGAGUUGAGUACCCAGAGGAUACAAAAGCGGAUCCCAUGACGGUUGUCAUCCUCGGCAAACCGUAUGAAGUGCAGGUUCAAUACCACGUUCUACGCAAUAUCACUUAUGUUCUGCUGGACGCUCCUGUCUUUCGCCAGCAGACCAAAUCCGAGCCGUAUCCGCCUAGGAUGGACGAUCUCUCCUCUGCAAUUUAUUAUUCGGCUUGGAACCAAUGUAUUGCCCAGGCCAUCAACCGUUUUCCAGUCGACCUGUACCAUAUCAACGAUUAUCACGGCUCGGUUGCUCCUCUCUACUUGCUCCCCAGGACCAUUCCUGCGUGCCUUUCGCUGCACAACGCUGAAUUUCAGGGGCUGUGGCCCAUGCGCACGAAGCAGGAGCGUGAGGAAGUCUGCUCGGUCUUCAAUCUGUCGACCGAAUUAGUUCAGCGUUAUGUUCAGUAUGGAGAAGUUUUUAAUUUGCUACAUGCUGGCGCUUCCUACCUGAGGGUCCAUCAGCAAGGCUUUGGCGCUGUCGGUGUGUCGAAGAAGUAUGGCAAACGCUCCUACGCCAGAUAUCCUAUAUUCUGGGGGCUGAAGAAGGUUGGCAAGUUGCCAAACCCUGAUCCUUCCGACACUGGCGAAUGGGACAAAAAGCUUCCUAAGGAAUCCGAUAUCCAGAUUGAUCCCGCGUUUGAAGCUGCCCGCCCUGAAUUGAAGCGUCAAGCUCAAGAAUGGGCUGGCCUUGAGCAAAACCCGCAAGCCGAGUUGUUUGUAUUUGUUGGUCGAUGGUCGAUGCAAAAAGGUAUUGAUCUGAUCGCUGAUGUCUUCCCGUCAAUACUGGAGUCCAACCCCAAUGUUCAACUCAUCACUGUUGGGCCCGUCAUUGAUCUAUACGGCAAAUUUGCAGCCCUCAAGCUCGAUCGCAUGAUGAAGCUGUACCCCGGCAGAGUGUUCUCAAAACCAGUGUUCACCGCUCUUCCUCCGUUCAUCUUCUCAGGAGCAGAGUUUGCUCUCAUCCCAUCUCGCGACGAACCAUUUGGACUAGUUGCAGUGGAGUUCGGCCGUAAAGGAGCUCUUGGCGUUGGCGCUCGUGUCGGUGGUCUUGGUCAGAUGCCCGGCUGGUGGUUCACAGUGGAAUCAAUGACAACUUCGCAUCUACUCCAUCAAUUCAGACAAGCUAUUGAGGAGGCUCUGCAUUCGAAAACUGAAACACGCGCGCUUAUGAGGGCUCGUUCGGCUAAGCAGCGGUUCCCUGUGGCACAGUGGGUCGAAGACCUCGAAAUUCUUCAAUCCACUGCCAUUCAGAUACACGACAAAGUUGAGGCAAGCAAACGUCAUGCUGCUGCAGGCGAGAUGAUGUGGGGAAAUUCUGGCUGGAGCACUCCCAGAGGCUCUGGCGCUGUCACUCCAGCAUUGGCAAAUUCCCGAGUCUCGUCAUAUUCAGCUCUAAACUCUCUGACUUCUCGACUCCGAGGUCUUACACACAGUCGUGAGCAAAGUAAUGCUACUUCCACGCGGCCGGGCACCGGAGUCACGCGGUCAGCUUCCCUUGGAACACACCGAGGUCCAGGCCACAUAAAUGCACAAGAUGCUCAUGAUGGAGAGGUUGGGUACGCAUCAAACACACUUGAUACAGUGCCUGACGUGGAAGGCAAUGAUUCAAAUGGAUUGGGCAAUGAGAUGACACACAACCAUCAAGAAAGCGAUGAUGAUUCAAGUGACAGCGAUUACGACGCUGACGAUGCUAUCACGAUGCCUAUUCAAUCUCUUGGACGGUACGAGCGUGUCCCCAUGCAUGAAGAACUUCCUUUCACGCCACAUCAUCUUGAAGUCCCCGGCUCCCCAAGAAGCCCCGGAUUGGAGAUGUAUUCUAUGCAGAAUCAGAUGGCUAUACCUUACGGUAGCGCGCCAAUACCACCGUCGCCAACUGCGGAAUCUGGUCAGCUGAUUCCACCGCCACCCGUGAGAGCAGACACCAACAAUCGGAUAUCUGCCACUCCUUCUAUGCUGUCUGUGAACUCAGUUGUGGGGGAGAAGACAGAUUUUAAACUGCAGAAGGUUGAUCCUUUCUUCACCGACAGCAAUGGGGAGUUCGCAAAGAUGUUUGAGCAGAAGCUUGAAAAUCUCAAUGGCAGCACCUCCGAGUCCUCCGUGUGCAUCGAAGAGUUCCUAGUCAAGUCUGAGAAGCAAUGGUUUGAUACCUUCCGCAAUGUCAAACUUGGCAGACAUCACGCGUUAUCUCCUAGGCCGAGCUUUCAUGCCACUCGCGAGUCUCGCCCCACUUCCAGUUACGCAGGUGACAGUGAGCAUGGUUCCGGGGGGCAUGACUUUAACAACCUCGGUGAUGAGUUCCUGCUGGGGGAGGACUAUAAGCCGCCGACCGGUCUCAGGAAAUGGAUGCAGCUUCGCAUCGGCGACUGGCCUGUUUAUGCGUUCUUUAUGGGCUUGGGCCAAAUCAUUGCUGCCAACUCGUACCAAAUCACUUUGCUGACAGGUGAAGUGGGCCAAACGGCAGGCAAGCUGUACAGUAUCGCAAGCAUCUACCUGGCUACAUCGAUCUGUUGGUGGUUCCUCUUCCGGCGAUUCAGUUCUAAGCUGUGCCUGUCACUGCCAUUCUUUUUCUACGGCCUGGCUUUCAUCUUGAUUGGCACUGCACACUAUGCUUCCACAACCGGCGGCCGCGGAUGGGUCCAAAACGUUGGCACUGGCAUGUACGCGGUAGCCUCUUCCUCGGGAAGCAUCUUCUUUGCCUUGAACUUUGGUGACGAGGGUGGCGCUCAAGUCAAAGCGUGGGUGUUCCGGGCAUGUGUGAUUCAAGGCACUCAGCAGAUUUAUGUCGUGGCACUCUGGUACUGGGGCUCGUACCUCAACAGGCGCACUUCCGAUGGCCUUUUAACUGCCUCGGACCCGGUGUCGUCCACGUGGAAAAUCACGGCCAUCACCGUUCCCAUUGCCAUAUUGCUUUGGGCUAUUGGAUUGCUGAUGUGGUUUGGCCUUCCGAACUACUACCGUCAAGCACCUGGCAAGAUGCCGAGUUUCUAUCACAGUCUCCUCCGACGCAAGAUUGUGAUUUGGUUCUUCGUCACAGUCAUCAUCCAGAACUUUUUCCUGUCUGCACCCUACGGACGAAACUGGUCAUUCCUGUGGAGCAGCUCGCAUGCAAAGACCUGGCAGAUUGUAUUGCUCGUUCUUUUGUUCUUUGUCGGUGUGUGGGCAGGCUUCUUAUGGCUGUUCGGAUUGCUGUCGAAGAGUCACAGUUGGAUUCUUCCGCUGUUUGCGAUCGGCCUUGGAGCACCUCGUUGGGCACAGAUAUGGUGGGGUACCAGCAAUAUCGGCCUGUGGCUUCCAUGGGCCGGUGGCUACACUGCAUCAGCUCUGAUGUCAAGAGCUCUGUGGCUCUGGUUAGGCACACUCGAUGCGAUUCAAGGAGUCGGCCUAGGAAUGAUCCUCCUGUCGACACUAACUCGUGUCCAUGUGGCAUUCACAUUGAUUACUGCACAGGUUCUUGGUUCUGUGGCAACGAUCGUCGCAAGGGCCUGCGCACCGAACAAGAUUGGUCCGGGUCCAAUCAGCCCCGAUAUCACUGGCAGUGUCUCUAACAUCUGGCAAGCCUGGUUCUGGGUGGGCCUGGCACUGAAUUUGAGCGUCUGCUUUGGAUACUUUAUGUUUUAUCGCAAGGAGCAGCUUAGCAAGCCUUGA